AUGUGUGAAAUUUGGAAAAUACAAUUUGGAAAAUACAAUUUGGAAAAUACAAUUUGGAAAAUACAAUUUGGAAAAUACAAUUUGGAAAAUACAAUUUGGAAAAUACAAUUUGGAAAAUACAAUUUGGAAAAUACAAUUUGGAAAAUACAAUUUGGAAAAUACAAUUUGGAAAAUACAAUUUGGAAAAUACAAUUUGGAAAAUACAAUUUGGAAAAUACAAUUUGGAAAAUACAAUUUGGAAAAUACAAUUUGGAAAAUACAAUUUGGAAAAUACAAUUUGGAAAAUACAAUUUGGAAAAUACAAUUUGGAAAAUACAAUUUGGAAAAUACAAUUUGGAAAAUACAAUUUGGAAAAUACAAUUUGGAAAAUACAAUUUGGAAAAUACAAUUUGGAAAAUACCAUUUGGAAAAUACAAUUUGGAAAAUACAAAUUGGAAAAUACAAUUUGGAAAAUACAAUUUGGAAAAUACCAUUUGGAAAAUACAAUUUGGAAAAUACAAUUUGGAAAAUACAAUUUGGAAAAUACAAUUUGGAAAACACAAUUUGGAAAAUACAAUUUGGAAAAUACAAUUUGGAAAAUACAAUUUGGAAAAUACAAUUUGGAAAAUACAAUUUGGAAAAUACAAUUUGGAAAAUACAAUUUGGAAAAUACAAUUUGGAAAAUACAAUUUGGAAAAUACAAUUUGGAAAAUACAAUUUGGAAAAUACAAUUUGGAAAAUACAAUUUGGAAAAUACAAUUUGGAAUAUACAAUUUGGAAAAUACAAUUUGGAAAAUACAAUUUGGAAAAUACAAUUUGGAAAAUACAAUUUGGAAAAUACAAUUUGGAAAAUACAAUUUGGAAAAUACAAUUUGGAAAAUACAAUUUGGAAAAUACAAUUUGGAAAAUACAAUUUGGAAAAUACAAUUUGGAAAAUACAAUUUAGAAAUCGAAUUUUGA